GCUCUGGAACCUUCUCCCAGCCCGCGUGCCUGGGGAGGUGGCCAUCUCCCAGCCAACCCAGUGGGGGUGCCAAGGAAGGGCCUGGCCAGCGCCGGCAGAGGCAGGCAAGGCAGGCAGCAGGAACUGGGCUUUUUAAACACUUAAACCCCAGGAAAUCGCGGCAUCGCUGGACGGGGAAAAUGAAAGACUUUGGAAGUCGCCAGGAAUUUGACUCUGCGAGUUGGUUUCCAAGAGCCUAAGUUAAGCAUCUCCAAGUGGAUAUUAAAAAGGAGCAGCGAGGCUCGGCGGCGGGGGCUGGAGGGGGUGGAGAGAAGAGGCUGCCGCCGGAAGCUGCACGCUGGACGGCUGAAGCCACCGCUCUGAAGGCCGGGCGCUGGUCCUUGCGGGAGGACCCUGGGCGCUGCGGGAUCCCUCCGGGCCCACCUCUGGCCCUCUUUCCCCAGCGUUUCCCCCCUCCCCUCUCUCUCCUCUUGCUGCCUUUUCCCUCCCGUUUCGAAGAGACAAUGCUACUUCAGUUUGGAGCACAAACAUAUGAUCAGCACAUGGAAAUGUGGUAAUUUGGAUGCAUUCGUGAUUGCAACAGAUUGAAGAAAUUAGACCAGACAAAGAGUGUUUUUGGAGGAGGAGGAGGAGGAGGCAGAGAGAGGGAGGGCGACGGUCGGGGUGAGAAAGGGGAGGACGCCCGCCUCCGAACCAGGGACGCCCGGACUCCCGCCUGCUGCUAAAUAUACCCGUAGGAAUGGAGAGGGACCGGAUCACAGCCUUGAAGAGAUCCUUCGAGGUCGAGGAGGCCGAGCCAGCCAACUCCACCCCGCCCCGGAGGGUCCAGACGCCCCUGCUCCGCGCCACUGUGGCCAGCUCCACCCAGAAAUUCCAGGACCUGGGUGUGAAGAACUCAGAGCCCACCGCCCGCCAUGGAGACCCCCUGGGCCAGCGCUCCCCCAAGCCUGCCCUGCGGAGGGUGGAGCUGGCGGGACCCAAGGCGCCCGAACCUGUGUCCCGGCGCACCGAGCUCUCCAUUGACAUCUCCUCCAAGCAGGUGGAGAACGCAGGCACCCCUGGGCCCGCCCGGUUUGGGCUCAAGAGGGCUGAGGCACUGGGCCACAAGACCCCAGACCUGGCCCCCCGGAGGACGGAGGUCACCAUCGUCAAGGCCCCGGAGACAGCCCACCGCAGGAUGGAGGCCCCCGCCUCCAAGAUCCCCGAGGUGCCUGCUGGCUCUGCCCUGGACGCAGCCCCCAAGAGGGUUGAGAUCCAGGUGCCCAAGUCAGCCGAGGCGCCUGCCUGUCCCCUCCUGCCCCAGACCUCGGAGAAUUCAGAGCCUGCCCUGAUGUCGCAGCUACAGAGCAGGCUGGAGCCCAAGCCCCUGGUGGUCGAGGCCCUGCCCAGGAGCCAGGAUGCCCCCGAGGCGGCUCCCGGCUGCACUGGCACCAUGGCCGACGCCGCCCUCAAGCAGGCAUCCGCCUCGCGGAACGAGAAGGCCCCGUCGGACUUCGGCUACGUGGGCAUCGACUCGAUCCUGGAGCAGAUGCGGAGGAAGGCCAUGAAGCAGGGCUUUGAGUUCAACAUCAUGGUGGUGGGGCAGAGCGGCUUGGGGAAAUCCACCUUAAUCAACACCCUCUUCAAGUCCAAGAUCAGCCGGAAGUCAGUGCAGCCCACCUCCGAGGAGCGCAUCCCCAAGACCAUUGAGAUCAAGUCCAUCACUCACGAUAUUGAGGAAAAGGGUGUCCGGAUGAAGCUGACAGUGAUUGACACACCAGGGUUUGGGGACCACAUCAACAAUGAGAACUGCUGGCAGCCCAUCAUGAAGUUCAUCAACGAACAGUACGAGAAGUACCUGCAGGAGGAGGUCAACAUCAACCGGAAGAAGCGCAUCCCAGACACCCGCGUCCACUGCUGCCUCUACUUCAUCCCUGCCACAGGCCACUCCCUCAGGCCCCUGGACAUCGAGUUCAUGAAGCGCCUGAGCAAGGUGGUCAACAUCGUCCCGGUCAUUGCCAAGGCCGACACACUGACCCUGGAGGAGAGGGUCUACUUCAAGCAGCGGAUCACUGCAGACCUGCUGUCCAACGGCAUCGACGUGUACCCCCAGAAGGAGUUUGACGAGGACUCAGAGGACCGGCUGGUGAACGAGAAGUUCCGGGAGAUGAUCCCAUUUGCUGUCGUGGGCAGUGACCACGAGUACCAGGUCAAUGGCAAGAGGAUCCUUGGGAGGAAGACCAAGUGGGGCACCAUCGAAGUCGAGAACACCACACACUGUGAGUUUGCCUACCUGCGGGACCUGCUCAUCAGGACGCACAUGCAGAACAUCAAGGACAUCACCAGCAGCAUCCACUUCGAAGCAUACCGUGUCAAGCGCCUCAACGAGGGCAACAGCGCCAUGGCCAACGGGGUGCAGAAGGAGCCAGAGGCCCAGGAGAUAUAGACGCCCCAGGACGCCCCCGUCCUCUCCACCCCUAGUGCGCCCGCGCACCCCGUCUUAUUUUAUCUCAUUCUCUCCGGUCCUCAUCCCCCCGCCCCUUUCACACGCUGCCCAGUAACCAGAGAAGGCGCGUCCCCAGGUGUGUUGGUUACCAGCCCACGGGCUCUGGGCGCGGUGGCUGGACCUCGUCCUGGUCCUGGGCCCUCCUCAGUCCUCAGGCCCUCCUCCCGCCUUCCUGAGGACUGGGAGGGCCCAGCAGUGGGCGGAAGGACAGGGCCCACUGGAUCCAUCCCUCCGCCCAGCCCCAGCUCCCCGAGGGGCCAGAAGAGCCACUUGUCUGUCCCCUCCGAGGAGCCUGCAGGCUGGGGGUCUGCAUGGACCAGGCCCUGGGGUGCAGGGAUGCCCACUGGGCCCCUGGACCCCGUCAGAGGCUAUACCCAGGGGAGGACAGAGCCAGCAGGUGGCCCUGGCCCCUCCUGCCCCCUGCGUGUCGUGGGCUGUGACUCAGAAAGCACCCUGCCCACUCCUGCUCCCCAGGGGAGACUAGUGAAUUCCUCAGCCCAGGUUGCCAGUUGCUUAGAGGUGGUGAGGCCCCCUGGCUGCCCCCGCCCGUGAGCCCGUCCUGGAGCAGAAAGUGCCUUAUCUCAGCCGUCCCUGCCUGUGUCCCCUCGGGCCAGAAACGCUGCAGCAGGAGGAGGUGUGCUGUCCUCCCUCUGCCCGCCUCCCUUUGCCUGUGGGCGCUCCUGUCACAGCGCGAUCCGACCCAGGAUUAAAAGGACGGGUACCCCCCACCCGGAUUUUGGGCAGGUCCAGGCAUUCUAUUCUGGUGGAGGAACUGAGGGAGGAAGCACUGGGGGGCUGGCAGGAGGCGUUUGCUCCUGCUGAGUUUGGUUUGGCCCCGGAUGCUCCCCGCCCUGCCUUCUCCAGCUUCGCUCCUGCCUCAGCCCUUGCUGUCCCGGAGGCCCAGGUACACCAGGGGCCAGCAGAGCCUGGCUGGGUGUUGUCCUCCACGUUCCUGAGCCUCUGUACCCCAGAAUCCAUUAUAAAGCCCCCCAAAGGUGGGGAGACGUGGGGCCAGGCUGCAGAGCAAGGUUUAAGGGUGGCACAGCCUGGCCACCUCACCCUGUGUCCCCAAGAGGGACCAGCAGGGACCAUGCACAGCUGACCAGAGUCGCCUCCUUCCUGUCUCCCAUUCCGGAGAAGGAGGGUGCUGGUGAGUCUGAACACAGGGUUUGCAGGCUGUGGGCCUGAGGCUCUUGCAGCAUUAGCAGCACGGCGGGAGGGGCGGGUGCAUGGGGUCAUCGUACUGGGCGUCUUCCUCCUUCCCCACCCAAGCGCAGAAGGACCCUCACCAAACCCCUCAGCCCAACAGUCUACUUGCCAACUACCGACUUGCCAAGUGUUUGCCAAAACCAAGACUUUGAAGAAAAUGUGCAGCCCAGGGCUCAGGACGCAUGGCCCUGCCCGCCCCAGCCCCCGUGUCGCCUGGGGGUUUAGCAGCCUCCUGGGCUCCGGACGGCUUUGCUUUCUUUCUCUGUAACCAGAUUUUGAACAGUUUUGCCGGGCUGUGUUCCGCAAUGGCCUUUAGCUCUGUGCCUCCCGAGAAAUUCGUCUCUUUUUGUAUAAAUAACAAAAGUGUUGAAAUGUAUUUCCUGAAAUAAAUGUUUCAAAUGCAAACUCAGA